UAUUAUUCAAUCAAUAAGAAAUCAUUUUCCCUAAACCCUAGUCUCUUUCUCUUCUCUCUCGUUCUUAUAUUCCGUCGAACAAAGUGUCGUGCGAUUUUCUCUUCUCUUCCUUUUCCCUAAUUCCAUAGCUCGAAAGUGCUUGAAAUACUUCCAUAUCCCGAUACGAUACCAUAUCAUAGAUUCAAUGCAUCCGGCCCAGAUCAGAAGAGAAAAAGAAAAAUUGCUAGGAAAGAGAUGUGACAGUGCUGAUGAGGAGAGGAGAAAAGCCGGGUUUCCUAUGAGUUUCCAACUUCAAUUCUGGGUAAAGUUGAAGAGUACUUCUUCAUCGCCAUUUCUACCCUCUGGGCUUUGAUCUUUUGAUCUCAAGUCAUAGAAAAACCCUAAAGAAGAAAAGUAAGGGAAAUGGUGAGACAGAAGAUAGAGAUAAAGAAGAUAGAGAAUUUGACAGCAAGGCAAGUGACAUUUUCAAAGAGGAGAAGAGGGGUUUUCAAGAAAGCCAAGGAGCUCUCCACCCUCUGCGACGUCGACGUCGGCCUUGUCGUCUUCUCCGCCACCGGAAAACUCUUCCACUAUGCCUCUCCCAGCAUGGAGGGAGUGAUUGCAAAGCACAACAUGUACUUGGAGAGUGUUGAGAAUGAGCAUCAACCACUUCCCAAUGUCCAGAGGGAAAGUGUAACCUGUGCCGCGCUUACCAAGGAACUUACCGAUAAGAGUCGCGAGUUGAGGCAACUCAAAGGAGAAGACCUCGAGGAAGUUGGGAUGGCGGAGUUGAUUAAACUUGAGAGACUUAUCGACGGUGGACUCCGUCGGGUCACGAGGAAAAAGGUUGAAAUACUAAUGGAACAAGUUAAUCUUCUCAAGAAACAGGAAGCUAAAUUAAUGGAAGAGAAUUCCGAGUUGAAGCAACGAUCUGAAAUAGUGCACUCUUCUGAUUCAGUCACAAGUGGGUGUUGCAUGUUACUUGACAAUAUGAGGGAUUACCACAAAAUUUCCGAUACUACCCUCAAGUUGGGUUUACCCUUCCCCAAUUGAUGCGAGGAUAUGAAGAGAUGGGAGAAUGCUACAACCUCACUAUAUGCAAAGGCAUAUAUGUAUAUGUAUAUGUUAAUAUGUGCAUGCAUCAUCACAUGAUGAUGAUGAUGGUACCAUUAAAUAUUGUGUAGGACAAGACUUAAUUUUCUGUCUAGCAAACUGAAAAAGAGCUGUUGUGUGGUAGACAAGUCAUUAUUAAUUCAAUGUAAUCCCACAUGGUGUACUUUAGAUUUGGAUGAUAUAUUUAUAAACUCUCCCUAUCACCAAAUCACUUAUAUGUGGGACUCUUUAAUUGUGAUCUCAAUUUAUAGAACUUUUGAUGCAAUUUUUAUUAUGUCAUUUUAUUUUUUAUUGAUAUAUCAAUUUAUAAAUAAAAUAGUUUUAAAAAAUGAAUUUUUUUUAUUGAU